AUGGAUUAUAAGAAAGAUGUAACACAUUUCAUAAUUAAAUUUAUAGAAAACAACAAAUAUGGUAAAACAAAUAUUGACCUAGUACCAAUAUCGUGGUCCUAUUAUGUGGAAGGCAAAUUGUAUUGCAAAUAUCCGACAAAAAAAGAUUACCAUAAAAUAGAUAAAAUGAGCAAAGUUUCAUCUAUUUAUGGGUCUUUGUGUAAAGGUUAUGAAGUGAAUGUGAUUAAAGAAGUAGGAAAUUACAAUCAGGGUCUUAGAAGAAUGAACAGGGCAUUCUCAGACACAUUAGUUCACAGCAGCAAUGUCGAUGACCAAUAUAGCAGUCAAGAAGAAGACGACCCAAUUAAUCAAAAUGGAGUUGAGCUAAAAAAUUAUCUAAAAGAUAUACCCCCUUUUAAUGCUGCAGAAGAAAAAAUAAAUGAUGAUGAUGUGCAGUCUGAGAUGUCAACAUCAUCCGAGGCAUUUUCAAUGACUUCCAAGCAAAAAAACCCUAAGAACAAGUCCUUGAGAAGCAUUGCUUUUUCUAGUGUAAAAAAUGUUGCCACAGUUGCAGGACAAAAAGAAAGAAAAGAUGAUGAUGUGCAGUCUGAGAUGUCAACAUCAUCCGAUUCAUUUUCAAUGGAGAGUGAUAUAAACGUUGGAUACUUGGAUAAGGUGGUUGACAUUUCUCUAAACUCCAAACCAGUUGGAUAA